AUGUCCCAGGUCGUGUAUAUCAGCGUCGAGCCCUCGCACCAAACCACCGUAGAAGGGACCACCACCAACACCACAACCCCAACGCACCUGCACUGGAUCCAUCCGCACCUGAACGAAACGACCGACGCAACCAAGGGCCGCCAAUUCCGCGCCUCGCAUCUAAUCGCCCAAGGCGCCUGUCUACUCAUUGACCGGCCCUACGCAAUCCUCCCCGUCGUCGACGACCCAGCCUCCAACGAUACCCUCCUCUGCAGCAAUCCCGCCUGUAACCAGCCCGCACCUUGCCAUCGAGGCGGCCGUUCUCCAUGCCUGAAUGCCUGUGUCACCGACGUGGUCUGGUGCAGUGCCGUCUGCCGCGAUGCCGACGCCGCGCGCCACGCCUUCGAAUGCACCUGGCUCAAGCGGUAUGCGGCACCGCUGCGGAAUAAACGCAGCGAGUACGAGUUUGGCAUGUUAUGGUUGAUUGUACGGUUGUUGGCUACUCGGCAGAUCGAAUUUCAUGCACAACAUGCACAACAUCAUAAUCAUCCUCUAUCGUGGGAUACGUCGGCUGCCAACCACCGCUGGAAACACGGCUGGGCUGCUAUUGAUGCGCUGUGCGGAUCUGUCGACUCCUGGUCCCAUGAUCAAGUCCGGUCCUGGAUGACUCUUGUCAAGAAGUAUCUUCCCAAUAGCUCUGUCUUGCCUCAUGGUUUGACACCGGACCGCGUGCUUCAUCUCGUCUGCCAGGAAGAGGCCAAUUCCUUUGGUCUCUACCCGCGAGAAACGGGUGUUUUUCCUCUCCCGGAUCUUCCUAUGGGGCGAGGCGAGCAGUAUGCUGCGGCUGUGUAUCCCACGGCUGCAAUAAUGAAUCACUCGUGUCUGCCGAAUGUAACCCACAAACCCGACGAGCAAGGCCGCAUGGUCUUCACCGCAUCCCGCGACAUUCUUCCCGGCGAAGAAUGCUGCAUCGCCUACUUCGAUCUAUCACACUAUACGGAUCUCAGUGCGCGCCGCGAUCAUCUGCGCAAAUCCUUUCGAUUUGUGUGUCACUGUGAGCGAUGUGUCUCUGAAGAGGAGCCAGUCGAGGAAACGCUAGAAUGGACCGCGAUGCCUCUAAUGGACAUCUGA